AUGUUCCGCCACGAGUGGAUGAGCCAGAUUCAGGAGGCGAAUGCCGCGGAGGAGGACCCUCGCGAUGCGAUGGCCCGCGAGUACAACCUCAACUUUGUGCCGAUGGACGGGAACAUCGCCUGCCUGGUCAAUGGCGCCGGCCUCGCCAUGGCCACCAUGGACAUCAUCCACCGCUACGGCGGCAGCCCGGCCAACUUCCUCGACGUCGGCGGCGGCGUCUCGCAGACGGGCGUCGAAAACGCCUUCAAGCUGAUCAUGACCGACCCGAAUGUGAAGGCCGUCCUCGUGAACAUCUUCGGCGGCAUCGUCAACUGCGAGAUCAUCGCCAAGGGCCUCAUUGCGGCCAAGUCGGUGCUGACGGUGCCACUUGUGGUCCGAGUUGAGGGCACCAACGCCGAGCGGGCCCGAGAGCUGCUGGCCACGGUGCCGGACAUUAUCGCGGCGAGCAACCUCGACGACGCGGCGCAGAAGGUGGUCGCCUUUGCCAAGCCCUGA